UAUGCACAGAACACAUGACUCUUAGCAAUCAUUUUGUUAGCAAACGUGACUUCUCUCACAACUGCGUAAACACUCGUUCAUAUAUAUGUAUAUAUAUAAGCAGUAACGUUAAAUUUUAUAACUUCUGUCGAAACCACGUUCCCGUACAGGCAUUCGCAAUGUUACCACUAGCAUUGAUUUUGAUUUUCGUCGCCGUUAGUGGUGCUGAAAUAACGCAAGACGACGGUGAUGUUGAUAUCACAAAGUAUCCAUGUGUUGUAUCGAUUAGAAGAAACGGCAAACAUGUUUGUUCCGGUGCUAUACUUGACAAAUAUCAUGUUAUCACAUCAGAUCGAUGUGUCCCACCGUUUAAGCAUGUUUGGAAUGUAAUGAACGAUGUAGUCAUAGUGAGUGGCACAAGUAGCAUUAAACCGGGUGGCACUCAGGUCUUCGUUAAGGAAAUGUUCUCGCAAAAUCAUCAUUUAAAUCCACAUGAUAAUAACGUCACUAGCGGACUUGGUGUGCUUAAGCUCAUACAUGCACUUAAUUUCAACGAGAAGACACAACCAAUUGCGCUGUCUGAUACAGAACUACCACUGGGCGCAAAAUUGCAGAUGGUCAGUUGGAUGAUAGCCGACCAUGAUGGAAAGAAAACCGCAAAUUUAAAAAAAGUAACGUUAACAACAAUAGAUUCUAAAGAAUGUCAGUCAUUCCACGAGAAAGAGAUUUCUAAGUCUGAAUUCUGCACUCGAGCGGAAUCUGGAAGCAAUUACUGCAAGGGUGACAGCGGCAGCCCUCUGAUUUAUGAAGGCAAACUUGUCGGUGUAACUACUUACGGUAUCUCAUGCGACGAAACUCCUGAUCCGGAUGUUCAUACCCGUAUAAACGAAAAUAUUGAAUAUUUCAACGAGAUUAUAAAGUCAUAAAAAUUUAUUGAUGGUCUGCUUUUACUGAAAAUACAAAAUUAUGGAUGUUCUCACAAUUAGAUUGAAGAUUGAUAAAUUACGUUACAAUAUAUAACAAAUUAACUAAUUA